AAACAAGAUUUUUUCAGGUUUUGUUUUCCAGGAAAUGACAGUUUCAUUUUCAUUUUAAUUUUGUUUUCUGUUGUGGCAGCUAACAGAAAUGGAAUGGCAAGUAAACGGCCCAUAACUUGUCAUGUCUGUGAUAAAUGGGAAUGGUGGUCUUACUUCCUCCCUUUGGCUAAAAUGAUUUGUUGUUGCAUCUCAUUUUGAUGGUUCAUCGAAACCUAUUGAGUCAUCGAUCGUUGGUUUCACUUAUAUUUUUCCAAUUGAUAGCUUGAGCCUUGAGUUUCUCUUACUUUGUGCUCUUCCUUGAAAGUUGAAACCUUAAAUGUUGAUUAACCGAAAUCGGAAUCCGAGAAGCAACUAAAUUAGUGUUUCAUUAAUAUUCAGGUUUGGUUAGAACCCAUCGAAAACUCGAGACAUUCACCCUAUCUCCCCCCAUUACGGUUGCACAUCUUUAUCAUAGUUGUUUAUAGAUCAAAAACUGGUGGUAUAUAGGCUCGGUUUUAGGUCAAUCUAAAUCCUAUACAUGUUUUCUUGCUCCAAAACUGUUCCUGUCCCAAAUGGUCAGAGUCAUGAUUGCGGAGGAGCUAUUCUGGAGGACGUUCGGUGCUUGGCCUCUCGCUUUAGCAGAGUUUCUUACUUGUUUGUGUCCCGUCAACCCAAUAAGGUUGCCCAUCUUGUGACACAAAAGGCCCUCUCAUCGAGAGUUCGGCUAUUGGUCGACUCCCGCGUACUCUUGUUUUCUUCUGCUUGAUGGAUUUUAAUAAAUACCGACUUUGGAGGGGGGAAAAUGGUUAGAGUCAGACUCCAAUUUCUAACCUACAAGUUGAUUUCUUUCGUCAUCACGAGACAUGGGGCCCCUCUCGGAAUGGGUUAGGGUGGAAAGUGAAUUUCUAGUAUCCACCAUUUAUUUUCUUUUCUUUCCUCUUUUUUUAAUCUUACGGUUAAGAUUAUCUCAGGAUAAUUUUGGAAGAAAAAAAGGACCACACUUGAUUAUUCUAUAUAUUCUACCCUAACCCUACUUCUACAGCCAAACCCGCCGUAGCCGCAAGCUCUCACCCUCCUCGACGAUGGCUUAGGGUUUGCUUGUCCGACGACUCCUUCCGCGCCUCUUUAUCUGGCCACGGGCGAGUCACCAGUCGGAUGGGUGGCGAUCCGAGCAGCUCGACCACAUCGUCGUCCACCUCGACGGAGAUCCUACCUGCCGAAUUCCCCGCCGUCUACCAACGGAGCCGGCGAUUACCUCGACUCGCCCCCGCCGCUCUUCGACUCUCCCGACAGAUUCCACCACAUCUACGCCGGCACCGUCUCAUCGACGAUACAAAUCUCUUCCUUCUCCGCAAUCACAACAACAACGACGAUACUAUUAUUAGUUCUCCAACUACCGUAAGCCAGUCGUACUGGGCCGGUGGGAGGAAUGAGAGAAUCUCCACCGCCGCGGCAGCUGUCCGAGAUCACGUCGUGCGCUGAGGAGGAAGGAUUGAUAUUAUUUUUCCGUAGUGAUUUUUUUUAAAAUGGUAGUCAUUUUUCCCCGUAGUGGUAGUGUUAUUGUAGUAUUGGUAUUGUUUUUGUCGCAUUGGUAUUAUUUUUGUCGCAUUGGUAUUGAUUUCGUCGCAUUGGUAUUGAUUUCGUCGCAUUGGUAUUGAUUUUGUUACAUUGGUAUUGAUUUUGUCGCAUUGGUAGUGAUUAAAUCUGCAAUGGUAUUGAUGUUUUGUGAAAUGGUAGUGUUUUUAUUUCUUGAAUGAUAUUGAUGUUUUGUACAAUGGUAGUAUUUUUUUAAUGGAUUGGUGUUGAUUUAUUGUUUUGUUGUUGCAGCUGUAUUAGUUUGGAUUAACGAAAUCAAGGAAAGAUUGAGAAAAAGAUGGAAGAGAGAUCUGGCUCAAAAAUUGUGAAAGUGAGAGAAAGAGGGAGAGAAAAAUUGUAUUUAAUAUAUUUAUGUAAUUUCUUAUUAAAAAAAAUCAUUAAUAAAUUUUUUUGUUAUACUCAAUUUGCUCUUAGUAACCACGGUAGUAAUCACCGUAACCUGUCCCGUCCUCUCUCCCAGUAGUCUUCUCUCAUUCUGCGUCUGCGGAAGUGAAGUGACGAGUACGUGGUGUAACUGAAAAAUUAAAUUCCAACCGCGAA